AUGGCAUCAGUACCUGCUACGACAUUUCCUCGUUUCCUCGACCUCCCUUACGAGUUACGCUGGGACAUCUACGCGUACUGUCUUCCCGUCCGCGUCGUCGACAGCAGAAUUAUCCCUGAAGUCAUUUGGCCCAACCUACCAUCGGGUCUCGACCACAAAAAGCUAGAGCCGGCCUUGCGAUACAUUGUGAGCAAGUACACUAGGAUGCCCGUCAUUUCCAGGGCCAUUCCAGAAGUGUUUCGCAAGAUCCGGAAGCAUGCCGUGCGCCCACGACUGGGCCAGAGGGCCUGGAACUGGAUUGACUAUAUCGGUGAGAACAAGUACUCUUACCAGGACCCGAGGCCGAUUCUCUUUGACCCGAAGUUUGACAUCCUUUACUUUGCGCCUCGCGAUGUCGACGACGACCGGUCUACGCUUGACAGGAGCCCGUGCCGGCUUGCGAAGAGCCCAGACACAAUCGUAGCCCUCGACGCAUGGACGAUAGAAACUUUUGCCCACACCGCUUCCACCAUGGACUACUGUUUUCUUGGCAGAAAGCACUGCAUCAUCAUCCUCAGCGAGACGAGGCUCAUCAAGCCGAUGGAAUACAUCGUCUCAUGCGGCCUCUUCGGCCUCUUCGGCGAGGAACGAACAGUCCUCGUGGACGUCGAUGACCUCGAGCUCAUCGACUACUACGAUAGGAAGCUCAACGACCAGGAUAUCCACCCCCGCAAGUGGGACGAAGGGGUCAUCCCGCCCAGGCUCGGGGGCAUCAGGCGGUACAGCUCACACGGCACCGUGGAUCCCAUGAGGGCAUGGGACGAGGACUCGCCGGUCGUGAGCGCCCAGGACCGAGCCCAGCUCGUCGAACAGGACAAGAAGGAGGUGCUGCGCCGGCUGAAACUGGCCUGGCUGGGGGAGAACGGGUGCUGGGACCACCCGGCCGAGGAGAAUCCCAACUUCGUGCCGCACGAGCGCCGCGAAGACCUCCCGCCGCGCUGGGACAGGGUCUUUGACGAGGAGCACCCGGCCGCCAAGCUCUGGCUGGACAAGCUGCCGGCGUUCUCCUUUGCCGUGCGGCUGCACGCGCAGGACCUCGAAGAAUGCAGGCGGAUUUGGAUGGCUGAUAUAUCUUGGAGUUCGUACAAUAAGCCACAGCCGGCCAGAAGGGCUCCGGGUCGGGGGAGACGUCGCAGAUUGCGGGGUUGA